CUGCAAAAGCUGGCGCCUGUUCUUGCGCAUGGGGGACUGGCAAAGCUGAGCGCCUGAGUCUCAACUGGACGGGUGAAGGCCCUGGGGCCUUGUCAGGGAUUCGCAGUCUGCAUAAUAAACCUGCUCUCUUACGUAUUGGUACGCAAGGGCGGGGUUGAUAUGAGAGGCUCCAGUAGAUUGCACGUCAGCUGUUCUCUUAGGCCUCGACCAGAGGCAAUGGAUGAUCACUGUGUUGCUACUGGGAUAUCACACCAGAAGCACUAAAGCAGCCGGAGGUCAGGGACACCAGCAGAAGGUGUUUCUUGACUCAGUGCAUGGCAUGAGAAGCACUGCAAGGUCCAUGUCUGUUGCUGUUGCAAAGAGGCUGGUCAAUAUGCUGGCCAAAGCCUCUUUGCCCGUCUUGUCAAAGCAUGAGCAGACAUGAAAUGUUGAACAAGUGUGAUGUGCUGAUGCGCACAGCAAGAGAUUCAUGAGAUUUGAGAGACUGUACAACUAUUUUAGUGAAGCAUGUCUGGGAGCUAGGGGCAACUCACAUCAGCAAUGUUGUUGCUCUGAUUACUGUGCAAGCUUAGGAUCGAAUCAUCGCCCUCUAGCUUGCACAUUUUCAUUGAGAGUUUACCUGAGAGGGAGGCUGUAAAGUAAGCACAGGAUC